AUGACUCAGCCUCCUCUCCCUCUGUCUUUGCCGGUCCACAUGUCAGUCGUCCCUCCAUCCUGGCAGUUCCUCCCUCUGUCCCAGGCAGAGCUGGGCCCUCUCUUCUCCAACUUUAGCCCUUUCUCCUUCUCCCAGAGCCUGUUCAUGUUGCCCCCACCUGGCCGGGCCUCAAGACCGGGCCUUCAGGCCUCAUUUGGCUCUUACUCGGUCACACAGCUCAUAUCAGAGCCUGUCCUCCCUCUCUCUCCUCCUCUGUCUGCCUCCCUCCUCUCAGAAUAUGUGGAGAGAGAGAGGGAUGAGGGAGGGCAGGAGAGGUUCAGGGUGAGGGCUCUGUUCCACAAGCGUGGUGACGCUAGCACCAAAGGGACCUGCAUUACCCUGCAUGCAUUCAAGGAGACAGAGGUGCACAAGGCCUCCUGUACUACACAGCCUCCUCUAGGACUUUGCGUGGUAGCUCUGACGCUGCCCAGUGACUGGUUCAAAGAUCAACACUCUAACCAGUCAAAUCAAGAUUUGUGGCUCAGUAACAUUCAACCCCAUCGGCGGGUGCAGAAGCGGGAGCGGGACGGACAUCAUCACGUCAACUUUGUCGACCGUCGGCGUGCGUCUUCUCCUUCACUGAGAUACCAUCCAGAUGUUGAUGGGAGCACCCAAGGGGAUGUUCCACAGGCCCUCAGACCAUACCAACGUGGCCCCAUGAGAAACCAAAUACAGCUUUACUACUCUUCCUUCGACACAGUGGCCAACAUAAAGCUUACACAAUCUGGGUGUGUUGAGGAAAAUAUGAGACUCCUUGAGCUUUUAAUUCUCUCUUUGCUGCUCUCAAAUUUAUUUCAGUGUGUAUGUCAUUUGCCAACAUCUGUCAGUGUCCCUCUUCCCAUUGAUCAUCCAUCCAGAUGUAUGGAGGACAGAGUGGCUCAGUCUCAGAGGCAGCUUUUCCAUAUCAAAGCAGUGACACUGAGGGAUGUGGAGGAGGAAGAGAAGGAAAAGGAGCAGAGCAGGACCAAAGAAGAAGAAGCCUGUUUGAAUGAGCAGGAGGAGGAAGAGUUUAGCUUGGAUCCACAUGUCUUGAUUCGUUAUCACAGGGGGCCAGUCCUGAUAGGACAGCCAAUCAGGGUGUCUGUGAAUCUGAGAGCUAACUUCAGUGCUGAGUUUGUUGUCAUAAGGCUGAAAGUGAAAAAGGGACUGGUGUCGAUGGUGGCCCAGCGAACUCUGACCUCUGAGCUGUGGGCAGUGACCCUGGAAAGAAGCCAAGGCUCAAAACAUGAUGUGGUGUCCAUCCUCUGCCACAAACACAGCACAAUAAAACACACACACAAUCCCGCUGUCCUCCAGCAGGUGGUGUGUCUGUCAGUUGACGGCCUCAGGCGAAGUUUUGGUGUUGCCAUGACGGUGUCAGCUAAUUGGUGGGUGGAGUACUCUGGACGUAGUAACCCUACAUUGUCACAUGGAGCAGCAGUGAGCAUCUUCUCAUUCACUGAUCGACACAUUUUUGGCAUCACUCCCGUCACAGAGAGCAACACAAUCAUCAACACAGCAAUACUAACCAACCAGCCUGUGUCACUUCCUGUCAUUGUGCUGUCCAUAAGCCAUGAUGGGAAGGUGUCAGAUGUCACCUCUGCAGUCAUGUGUCACUCAACCAACACGAACAUUGUCAAGGUGUCCAGUGAUUGCUCCACCCUCUUUGUUGACGGCAGCGAAUCAGGUUUGGGCAGCACCUGUGUAGUGGUGGAGUUUCUACUUGGCGCACUCAGUGGCUCUGUGUGUCUAGAGGUGUGGGCUCCCUCAGUGCCCCUGCGUGUCUCCUUGGCAGACCCUGUUCUUAAUGCCAUUGAUGGCUGGAACCACUUCACAGAGAAAGGGUGUGUGCCAGUGUAUCAGCGCUCCUCAGUCCAGGUUCUGACUCAAUUCACAGCUCAGGACUCCCAGAGCAGAACUACACAACUCCUGGGCUCAUCCGAUUGGUUUGUGGAUGUGACAGAGCUGGUCCGUAACUGGCUGAGAGUAGAGGACCCUCGGGUAGCUUCCCUUGGCACCCAAAACAACCUGAUUGGUUUACAGCCUGGAAAGACAUCUCUCCAUGUUGUCUCUGAGCAAUGGGAUGGUGUUUUGGGCAGCUGUGACAUCACUGUGACCUCUGACACUGUUACCCCUGGCGACCUGUCUGUGCAGGUGGUCAGCGGCCUUGGCAUGUCAGUCAAGACCAGCCCUGCCCACCCCUCUGUCAUCACAACAACAGUGACAGCCUACAACAUCCUAUUCAACCAUCACCAGGAGGCGUCCAUCAGUGUUUGGCUCCAGUUCAGCGAUGACACCGCCUCCCUCCUCUCCUCCUUCAGUGACCUUCCCUUUUUCUUGCAUCUCUCCUCAUUGGCUGAGACUGUUGUUGUGGUGACGCCUGGCCCAAGCCAACGCAUCUUUGCCCAGGGCGAUGGAGGUGGGCCUCUACUGCGUGCAGAGCUUCUGGUUUCAUCAUGCAUUGAUCAGUCAAUCACCUCAAACUCUAUCAGUGAGGGCCAUGUGUAUGUGACAGACACCAGUGGAGGAGGUGGGACGAGGAGGCUUGCAAGGGGAUCUGGUUGGAUAAGAGUCAACCUGGACUUGGACUUCCUGCAGCCAGUAGAAAACAAGGAUGAGGAAGGCGAGGAGUUUGAGUUUGAUAUUUCAGACACACUGAUUGAGUCAGACAGUGACAUCUACUCAUCUAACUUUGGCGAGGGUGGAGAAAAUGUAGAGAGUGAAAAUGUGAACACCAGUAGUGACUACUAUGACAAAAUUAGCGGGAGGAUGACUAAUGGAAUUUGGAACAAGGUCGGAAACAGAGGGAUGGUGAGUCAGAACAAUCUGGAAAGAGCUGUGCUGAUGCCAAGCCAGGAGGAGGGCACUGUGUACUUCUCUCCGAGCCAGGAGAAAGAAGGAGAGAGAGAAGAGGAAGAUGGGCAGGGAGCUCUAGAGCUGGAGGUCGGUGUGAGCACCAUCCUCUCUCUGCUCUGUCUCUCUGCCGUCCUCUUCCUGGCAAACUGCCUCCCCUGUGCCCUCCGUGACAGGAGGAGGAAAACAAUGGAGGAGGAAAGGGAAGAACAACUUGAGGCAGUCACAAAGGAAAAAGAGGAAGAGGAGCAGAAGGAGAAAGAGGUAGCGAACAAGAAGCUCGAGGAGAGGAAGGAGACCGAAGGUGAAGACAAGCUAAACCGGGAGCAGGAAGAGAUCAAUAAAGAAGAUCUGAAAGAAGUAGAGAUCGUUUGCUGAUACAGUGGAAACCACUUAUAGUGAUCACGGUUACAGUGAUCAACCACUUAUAUGGAUCAAAAA